AUGCAUCAUGGGGCGUUCACCAACGGAGAGUUGUACUCACAGUUACAGAAUUCAGGAUGUAUGACGAUUCCUUUUACUUAUCUCUUAAACAGGAUGAAACUUCUUCCAAGUGAGCUUGAAAACGCUAUAACUUCAGGUGUACUGCGUUUAAGUUGUCGGUGCUUCUCUUUAAAACCUACUUGUUCUUUCAUGAAUGAGGACAGUUUUUCGAAAAAAGAAUCUGAGGUGAUUGUAGAUGAUGAUGACAGUAAAGAAUGGACUUUAUAUGACGCUGGCCCAAGAUGUGUCAAAUGUCCAUUGAUGUGUCUACCACCAGUUAGUGGCACUGCAGAUGUUUAUUACCAGCAACUAUUAGCAUUAUCAGGGUUGGGUUAUAGAAUGGAGUUUCCCGUGUAUUGGUCCAUUCCAGAAUUCUGUGAAGGAUUUCGAAAACUACUUGAUCAUCUGGGGUUAGACAAGGUUCAUUUAUUUGGUGCAUCAAUUGGUGGCUAUAUGGCCUUAAAAUUUGCUGAAUAUACAUACAAGAGUCCCAGAGUUCAGUCUUUAAUAUUGUGCAAUACUUUCAUUGAUACAAGUGUGUUCCAACAAACUUUUGCAGCACAAACAUUCUGGUUAAUACCUGCAUUUGUUCUCAAGAGAAUGGUGAUGGGUAAUUUUGCUUCGAAUUUGACUGAUGGUGAUAUGGCUGAUGCCAUUGACUUCAUGGUGGAAAGGCUUGACAGUUUGACACAAUCACAGUUAGCAUCUAGACUAACCUUGAAUUGUAAAGACUCCUAUGUGGAACCUCACAAAGUAUCAAAUACAGACGUCACGGUUAUGGACGUUUUUGAUGAGAGUGCACUUUCCAUGACAGUCAAAGAAGAGAUGUACAAAUGUUUUCCUAAUGCUAAAAGAGCUCAUCUAAAAAGUGGUGGAAAUUUUCCGUAUCUCUCAAGAAGUGCUGAAGUCAACCUUUAUUUACAGAUUCACCUCAGACAAUACUUAGGUACUCGCUACAGUGCAAGAGAUCCAUCAAUUAUUGAUUCCCCCAAAGCAGGCGAGAGCUCAACAUCAGGAGGUGCUGUGGCUGCCAUAGCAACUGACAGUGAAGAGGGAGAGGGGGAGGGGGAGGAAGAGGAAGAAAAUAAUCAGGUCGAAAACAAUCAGGACCAAGAUUUGAGGACUCCAACAAGCAUUGCUGGAAUUGAAAUGUCUCCAAGAUCAGCAGAGUCUCAAAGACGAAUGCUAACAAAAUCUCGCUCAGACACUGUCAUAUUCUUCAUCCAUGGUGUUGGUGGGUCAUCGGAUAUAUGGACAUCGCAGUUACAUUUUUUUUCCAGUCAUGGUUAUAAUGUUGUUGCCCCAGACUUACUUGGACAUGGGUUCAGUGCAACACCAAGUGAUGAAUCUAACUAUUCAUUUACAAAUCUUGCAUUAGAUUUAUUGGAAAUAUUUGAUAGGUAUUAUGGACGGAUGAAUAUUCUUGUUGGCCAUUCCUAUGGAGCCUCAUUUUGCACCAAGAUUGCAAAGGAGAGAUAUUUGAAAGUAACCAAACUGAUUUUAAUCAGUGGAGGUGGUCCAUUACCAUUGUAUCCAGAAUCUUGUCAUGUGUUCUGUUUGCCAUCAUGUAUACUAGCAUGCAUCCAGUCAUGUCUCCUUGAUAGAUUCACUGGGCAAGCAUUUACUCGUAAUUCCAAGUUGAGUGAGGACAUUAAAGUGAAAGCAUUUGAUGUACCCACAUAUGUACUAAGGGGAACAAUGCAGGGUCAGAUAUGGAUUGAAGGUAACGAGGAAUACCAUAGUGAAAUAGUUCCUUCCACUUUACUUAUCCAUGGAAGAAAUGAUACAUUUGUCACCUUGGAUGAAGUGGAUUGGAUGAAAGAGACGAUAUUUGGUUCUGAUCUCAAAAUUAUAGAUGAUGUAGGUCAUAUGGUGAUGAUGGAAAGUCCAGAUAUGGUUAAUAAUUAUAUUCUUGAAUUUAUUACCAAAGGUGAGAGCAGUAGAAGAAGAACGCCAAGACGUGUGUUAUCCAAAUCCUCAUGCCGAAGGGAAUCUAAAUCAAUUUAUUAA